CAGCACUUCACAGGUUCAUGAGAAAUUUAAUCACAAGUCACAGGUUUUACUUAAACGUUUUGGAAAUAUUACUGGGUCCAUAGUGUUCCUCUAUUUUCUGAAUCCAAUUUGAUAAGCGGCAAACAAACCUUUCUUUUCCGAAUGGACAACAGAGUACUCAGCACGGACUGCUUGGUCAUGAGCACAAAUGGAGAGGGGAAGCCGGAGAGAGAGACAUGGACCAGGCAUAUGGACUUCAUCAUGUCCUGUGUGGGCUUUGCCAUUGGUCUGGGGAAUGUGUGGCGUUUCCCUUACCUCUGCUACAAAAAUGGUGGAGGAGUCUUUUUCAUUCCAUACAUUUUGUUUAUAUUCCUCGGUGGAAUUCCUGUCUUCUUCCUGGAAAUUGCUCUGGGCCAGUUCAUGAAGGCUGGAAGCAUCACCGUGUGGAACAUCGCUCCACUCUUCAAAGGACUCGGAUAUGCUUCCAUGGUUAUAGUGUUCUUCUGCAACACAUACUACAUCAUGGUCCUGGCUUGGGGUUUAUAUUACCUCAUCAAAUCCUUAACAGCCACACUGCCCUGGUCCACCUGCACAAACUACUGGAACACAGAGAACUGCAUCGAGACCUUCCGCCAUGACGCCUGCAAGAACAGCACCCUCAGCACCAACUAUACCUUCAUGAACAAGACCUGUGAGGAGUUAGAGAACGCCACAUCUCCUAUCAUUGAGUUCUGGGAGAAUAAGGUGCUCCAGCUGUCUGAUGGCCUGGACAGUCCAGGACAGAUCAACUGGGAGGUGACUUUGUGUCUGAUGGCAGUCUGGAUGAUGGUUUACUUCUGCAUAUGGAAGGGAGUAAAGUUAACAGGAAAGAUUGUGUAUUUCACUGCCAUAUUCCCCUACAUUAUCCUGUUCAUUCUCAUGGUGAGAGGUGUGACCCUUCCUGGGGCCUAUGAUGGUAUCGUUUACUAUCUCAAGCCUGAAUGGUCAAAGAUUCGAGAUGCACAGGUCUGGAUUGAUGCCGGCACUCAAGUGUUCUUUUCUUAUGCCAUCGGACUCGGGGCCCUGACUGCUCUUGGCAGUUAUAACCAAUUCAACAAUAACUGCUACAGGGAUUCAUUUGUAUUGGCCCUAAUAAACAGCGGCACCAGUUUCAUCGCCGGCUUUGUGGUUUUCUCCACUCUGGGCUUCAUGGCUGCUGAGCAGGGUGUGGACAUCUCAAAAGUGGCAGAGUCAGGGCCGGGCCUGGCGUUCAUCGCGUACCCCAAAGCCGUGUCGAUGAUGCCUGUGUCACCACUCUGGGCCACACUCUUCUUCUUAAUGCUGCUGGUGCUGGGACUAAACAGUCAGUUUGUCGGAGUGGAAGGCUUUGUAACUGGCAUGCUGGAUCUGCUCCCUUCAAAGUUUAACAAGCGAGAAAUCGCUGUGGCGAUCUGCUGCACAGUAAAUUUUCUAAUAGGACUCUCCAUGGUUACACAGGGAGGGAUGUACGUCUUCCAGCUUUUUGACUAUUAUUCAGCCAGUGGAGUGACCCUGUUGUGGGAGGCAUUCUGGGAAUGUGUGGUUGUUGCCUGGGUUUAUGGUGCUGAUAAGUUUAUGGAUGACAUUGCCCGCAUGAUCGGGUAUCGGCCUUUCCCUUGGAUGAAGUGGUGCUUGUCAUUUCUUACCCCAUGUGUUUGCAUGGGAAUAUUCGUGUUCCACCUGGUGAACUACAAGCCUUUUACCUACAACAAUGUGUAUGUGUACCCUUGGUGGGGAGAGAUGAUCGGAUGGUUGCUGGCUCUCUCCUCUAUGCUCUGCAUCCCCGUUAGCGUCAUCUACAAGCUCAUCAUGGCCAAAGGAUCCUUUAAAGAGCGCGGGACGAAUCUGACCAAACCUAUAUGGGCGCGGCAUCAUUUGGAGUGCACCCAAAUGGCACCCAAAACUGGCAUCAGAAACCCAUCACCACCGUCCUCAGACACCUCAGACAGCAUGGACAACGUCAAUGACACCGCCCUGUAGAAGUUGGAGAAUGAAAUGGAUACGCCAUCGCCAAAAACAUGCUUAGGGAAAGUUAGGGAAAGUUAGAAUUAUGUUCAGAAUUGCUAAUGUUUUUGGUCAGGUUACUGUGUCACAAGGUUCACUGUUUUUACCAUAGUUGAUUUUUAAUGAAUAGCUCUUUCAUCAUUGUGCUUUUUGACUGUGCGCUGUAACAACAAACUAACUCCAUGGUAACACACUCAGCUCCACUCAGUCUUCUUUUCCUCCUGGCUUGAUGGGUCUGUUAGUGAAGAAAAUAGAAAAUAGUUGAUUUUAUGAGAAUAAUAAAAUUAUAGUCAGUUCCAUAAGUAUUGGGACAGUGACACAACUAAAGUAUAAAAGUGUAGACAAAUCUUUCAUUCAGUGUGGUUUAAAUAAUGAGUUCCUUUUUUCGUAUUUUUACAGACUCUAAGGUAAUACUAUGGGGCUCUUUUUCUUCAGCUCGGGCUGGGCAUGUAGUUAAUAUAAAGGGCAUCAAGUCCCAGUCUGUGAGAAUAAAGAAGCUCUUAGAUAGAGGGAUACAGGAUGACAAAAUUUUACUUUCAAGCAGAGAAAACACAAAUCCAAAUCAACAUAGAAACAGAAACAAAAAAUUAAAAGAAAUGGUAGAAAAGAAAUGAAUUAGCAGUGAUUUUGGUAGUCUGAGUCAGAGACCAGAUGUAACUUCUAUAAAAUGUUUCUGCUUAAGUUUUUUUGGUAUAUUUGAUUAAAGAUCAAUUACAAAAAGGGGUAUGUAAACUUUUUUGUCCUUCCAUUCU